UUUGCAGUUGUCUCCUUUGUUGCAGUGAUAUAUGAUUGGGCACUGGCAUUCGGACGAGAGGAAGGUUGAGCUGGUCUGGAGGCAACGGUGGUCCCUCAUGACUGUUCUAUACCUCAGUGUGCGCUAUGCUGGGAUACUAUAUACUGUCAUCUACAUGCUGGGAAGUCUUCCGUCAGUCUCGCUGACAGAUGUAGUGAGCAAUAAUCUGUUCUUCGCCCUAAAUUGGAUGAAUGCGGCGGUCACUGUCAUGUUGGGCGUCAUCAUAGCCACUCGGUUAUAUGCCAUGUAUCUACGCUCGAGAAAGAUGCUUAUCUUUCUCAUUGUAAUCCUUCUGUCUCUCACAAUCGCCUGCGGAACGAUCACCGCAACAGGAAUCAACCGUACUUCAGGGGAGGAGUCCAUCCUCUCUGGCACCUAUCAGUGCACCUAUGACUAUCAGGGAGACGCCCGACUUCUGAUGCCCAUAACUUGGAUACUCCGCAUUGUAUGGGAGGUCCUCGCACUGUGUCUUGCAGUCUGGAUUACUGUAAAAAACAUUCGUAAACAGCUGCAACGACCGACGGCGCCAAUCAUCGAGGAAUUAUUCAGGAUUUUAAUGAGAACUCACGCGGUUUACUUUGCAAGGUGAUUUUGCAGCUGGUUCUUGCAUCGCUCUCGUUUUUUAUUUUCCAACGAUCUCGGACUCAAAUUUCAUGGGUUACAAUGGUGUUCUCAACAUCUUCUCGGUCCUGCAGAUGUUUAUGCUGGGGCCACGCCUCAUC